AUGGCAUCUCACAGAAACUCUAGUUUCCUCCUCAACCUCUCCCACCACCCACGAUGGACACAAGAUCCCCCAAUGAGGGAGAGAAGGAGACAAAGAAGGACAGAUGGUAUAGACACAAUGAACAGUGCGACCCCCGCAUCAUCAUCUGCGGUGCUACGCUCCAGAAGCUCGUGGGGCAACUGGCUGAUGUUGCCCCUGCUGAUGGCCACCUAUCUACCAUGUGAGGCCUGGGGCGCCACUUUCAGUGUGGCCAUAAUUGGGCCCUGGACAUGUGACCCUAUGUAUUCCAAAGCCCUCCCUGACCUGGCUGCACGCCUGGCCACUGCCCGCCUCAACAUGGACCCCUACACUAAGAAAGGCUACUGGUACGACUAUACUCUCGUCAAUGAGGACUGUAAAACAUCCAAUGCCCUGGCCCGCUUCACCUCUCUCGAAAGCUAUGGCUCGGCUUUCCUCGGCCCUACUAAUCCAGGCUACUGCUCAUCGGCUGCCCUGUUUGCGAAAAACUGGAAUAAGCCCCUUAUGUCCUGGGGCUGCCUGAAACCAAACAUGGAGGAUGGACAGUAUCCCACCUUUCACAGGCCCUUGCCUCUGUCCUCCCGGGUUCUAUUUUCUGUGCUGCGGUACUUCCGCUGGGCCCAUGUGGUCAUCGUGACGUCAGAGGAUGACCUGUGGGAGGCUACGGGACAUGAGCUGGCGGCCUCUCUGAUGGCCCUGGGCCUGCCGGUUACAAAUGUGGUCACCAUGGAGCCGGACAAGGAUGGGCCCACGAAGGCCUUGAAGAGGAUACGGGAGUUAGACCGUGUCAGAGGUGUGUAUGCGCAUUUGUGUUUGGUUGUUUAUGUGUGUGUUUGUUUGUUUAUGUGUGAGCAUGCAUGAGUUUGUACGUGCGUGCAUGCGUUUGUGUGUGUGUGAAUGUGUGACUUACUGUCAUCUAUUCCAUUAUAACACACUGCCACACUGCAAUGACUAAUAAUUGUCUAUUCUAUUCCCUUCUUCUGUCCCCUACUUCCAACUUUCCUCCUCCUCAUCCUCCACUCCCCCUUCUCUGUCUCUGCAGUGGUCAUCAUGUGUAUGCACUCAGCUUUGAUUGGUGGUGAGGCCCAGUACCAGCUUCUAACCUCUGCCUCGAACAUGCGUAUGAUAGACCGUGGCUAUGUUUUCAUCCCCUACGACACCCUCACAUACUCGCUGCCCAAGGGCACAAACCUUCAUGCUCUGACCAAUGACAGCUUGUUGAGAAAAGCCUACGACGGAGUUCUCACCAUCACCAUGGAUUCUGGUGAGAACACUUUCUAUCAGAGCUUCAAAGAUGCUCAGGAGAAAUUUGAGAUUCGCACCAGCAUUCCACCAGAUCAGGUGAGACAUCCCAGAGCACAGCUCCUGGGGCAUUCAUCUAGUCAUCAUUCAUCAUUAGUCACACAUGCCAUGGACAUGCAGUACUGUAGCAAGCACCUUUGGUUGCACAACAGUCCUCUUGAGUUGUAGUUCUUCAGAAACAGUUAACAUAUAGGUAUUUGGACCUCUCAAACCUUAAAACCAAUGUUGUUGGAAUGUUUCAGUAUUGAUGAUAAUGACCAGUGGUUUGUCAGUGCCGUACCACUGUCUUGGCAAUGGUAUGUUUCUCUAUUCCUGUACUCCCUGCCUACCAUCAUCAAAACUCUUACUGUCAGUCUAAAGAGUCUACAGACAGAGUCUUCAAUAGCAGUCAGUCAGAUCAAUGAUUGAUACAUCGUCACCACUCUUCUCCCCUGACGUAGGUGUCUCCAUUCUUCGGCACCAUCUACAACAUGAUAUAUUACAUGGCCUAUGCAGUGGAAAAGAGUCGCAUGGUCGCUGGGCGCUGGGUGGAUGGGGAGACCAUGCUCCAGAGCGAUGGAGGGGUUGACUUUGAGGGCUUCAACCAGCACAUCUCAUCCGACGAAGAUGGGUUGGGGAUGCUGGCUCGCUACGUGGUCCUGGACUCUGACGGGGGAGACAAACUCUACAUGACACACACUCUGGAGGCCCCCCAUACCCUUGGCAAAUUUGGGGCGGUCAAGUACAAUGGGCGCUCCAUCCACUUUGCUGGCAGUAGCCCCAGCACAGACUCCCGUUGCUGGUUCAGUCCUUACAUCACCUGCAGUUGGGGUAGGUGGUCUAGCUUUGGGGUCAGUGAUGUACCAGUAGCCUAUGGUAAAAUGAGGUCUGUGUUCCCUCUAACUCUUUCUCUUUAUCACUCCCUCUAUCCCCCUCUCUGCCUUUAGGAUUGGAUGCAGGUACUAUCCUCUUUCUGUUCAUCCUGUUCUGUGGGUUGGUUGGAGGUGGAGCUGCCUUUUAUAUGAAGUAAGUUAAGCUCAAACACAGUGAGGAGUGUGUCAAUCAACUGCCUAUUCUGUCUUCUGCAUUGAACACAUGCUUUUGUUUGUAAUGAGGUUACUGAUGUUUUGGGGUCUUAACAUUUGUGUCUGUCCAGGAGAGGUGGCCGGAUUGGAACCAUCUUUGGAGGAUCAGAGGGAGGAGGAAGGUCCUUAAAAGUAGUCUUGAAUCUGGAUGACCUGAUUUUCAUCAAUACCCAGACCAGCAAAAGGGUCAGUUUGAGGCCUACUGUAUGAUACCAUAAAGGCCAAUUUGUGUGUGUGUGAAUUUGUGUCCCUUAUCUUUGAUGGACUGUCUAUUCUGAAGCUCUUGUAACUUCUCUCUCUCUCUCUCCUCUCUCUCUCUCCUCUCUCUCUCUCCUCUCUCUCUCUCUCUCUCUCUCUCCCUCUCCUCUCUCUCUCUCUCUCUCUCUCUCUCUUCUCUCCUCUCUCCUCUCCUCAUCGUAAUCUCUCUCUCUCGUCCAUCUCUCUCUCUCUCUCUCCUCUCUCAUCCUCUCAUCUCUUCUCUCUCUCCUCUCGUCUCGAUCUCCACUCUCUCUCUCUCUCUCUCUCUCUCUCUCUCUCUCUCUGUAAGUAGAAGCUGAAUGAGGACAGUAUGAUGAACAGUCAGCUGGACGUGAAGACACCUCGCCACUCAGUGUCGGGACGAAGCUACUUUGGCUCCACCCCUGACAGCUCCAAUGUCGCUGUCUUUGAGGUGGGUCACAUGUCAAUGUGGGGAAUCUACUGUAAAACUACUGUAGAACAGUGACAGCAAUCCAAUAUUCCAAUGUUUGAUGCCCUGCAUGUAAGAAAUAGUACUAAUAUGUAACUGUGAUGAUGCACACAUCCAAUGUUGAUACUUUUGUCUUGGUUUGUCUUGGUGACAAACAGUUCUGAACAAAUGCAUCUCUGUUUAGUGUCCCUGUCCCUAGCAUUUUGGGUUUACCAGAUAAAUAUUUGCUAAUACCUGUAUAUUCUGUCUUCACUAGGGUGACUGGGUUUGGUUGAAGAGAUGUCCCAAUGGAAACACUGUGUCAAGUGUCAGUGAUAGCACUCAAAGUAUUUUCACCAAGGUGAGUGAGUGACUGUCUGAGUGAGCCAGUCAAAACAGCAAGACAUUGAAGCUCUGUCUGCCCACUGCACUGUUCCUCUGUCAUAACCUACCUCUCUCUCUGUCCUCACCCUCUCUCAGCUCAGGGACAUGCGGAAUGAGAAUCUCAACCUGUUCCUUGGCCUGUUCCACGACUCAGGGAUCUUUGGUAUCGUGACAGAGCACUGUACCAGGGGCAGCUUGGAGGACCUUCUCAACAACGAGGACAUGCGCCUCGACUGGAUGUUCAAGUCCUCCCUGUUGAUGGAUCUGAUCAGGGUAAGGAGGGAAACAACUCUCUCACGUUCAUAGACAUGUCUGACUAUAUCUCUCUCCUCGUUGUUUAGACUCUGUCUCAAUAUUUCCUAUCCCUCCCUCCCAGGGAAUGAAGUACCUUCACAACCGUGAUGUCAUCCAUGGGCGCCUGAAGUCCCGAAACUGUGUGGUGGACGGACGCUUCGUGCUGAAGGUGACUGAGUACGGUUUCAAUGAGAUCAUAUCGACCCAGGGGGUCGACUUUGACGAGGGCAAGCCUGAGGGUAAGUCCAUAGGGACACAUACAAUACACUCAACAUAUCAGAACCAGCAAAUCCUCCUCCUUAUCAUUUACCAAGUCAUUACACAAACAAAAGACACGUGUGUCUAUUUUCCCCCCGGUCAGGUUAUGUGAUCACGAAAAACUCAUGGCCUUAGUAAUGUUCACUCUUAUCACCAUGAUCCAAAUGUGUGAAGGAAGGUGAAAAAAAAUAACCCCCUCUUGUCCCCUCCCUCCCUGGUCCACCUUACAGAUCACCUGUGGACGGCGCCAGAGCUACUGAGGGACUCCAGUUUGAUGAAGAGAGGAACGUUCCGAGGGGACGUUUACAGUUUUGCCAUCAUCAUGCAGGAGGUCAUCGCCCGCUGUGCUCCCUUCUGCAUGCUGGACAUGCCUCCCAAGGGUGAGACCUCAUAUCAAACAGUACCACCAUACAUGGGGCUAGUUGUGUCAGAUGUAAAACAAAUACAGCAGGGCGGCCACCAUGCCAAUAUGAACAUUACAAUUAUUGGAGAUCAUAGGAACCACCAAAGGUUUGAAAUCACUCAAAAAAUGCAUCAGAAGUUGACGGUGUGUGUGUGUGUGUGUGUUUGACAGAGAUCAUCAGUAAGUUGAAAUCCCCCCCACCACUGUGUCGGCCCACUGUGUCAGUGGAUGAGGCUCCACUAGAGGUGAUCCAAGUCAUGAAACAGGCCUGGAGCGAGGAGCCAGACAAGAGGCCCACCUUCGAGGAGAUCUUCAAACAGGUACUUUACUGUACACAAACAUACACAAAGCUACACGUAUACAGUCAGGUACAAAAUGAUUGGCACCCUUGAUAAAGAGCAAAAAUACUGUAUAAAAUAAAUAAUACAAAUACUGAACUAUAUUGUAUGCUCAAAAACAUAGGAAAAUGUUAUUAUUUUAUACUAAUACAAUUACUCAGAGAAAGAUUUUGUUUAACAAGUAAUACUUUGUUUCUCAAAAAGAUAGGGGUCAAAAUUAUUGCCACCUCUGUUUUCAAUACCUUUCCAUACCUCACCUUGGAGUAUAACGGCACUGAGCUUUUAUCCCAAAAAGAAUAUGAGAUUGGGAGGGAUCUUGGACCAUUCAGAAUCUUUCCAGAUCCUUGAUAUUCUUUGUCUGCACUUAUGGACCGCCCUAUUCAAUUCAAACCACAGGUUUUCAGUGGGGUUCAAUUCCAGAGACAGAUGGCCAUUGUAAAAUGUAGAUUUUUGUGGUCAAUUAACUAUUUAUUUGUGGAUUUUUAUUUGUGGUUUGGGUUAUUGUGAUUGGGAGUUAUUGGGAGUCCCAUAGGAUGGCGCACAAUUGGCCCAGCGUCGUCCGGGUUUGGCCGGGGUAGGCCGUCAUUGUAAAUAAGAAUUUGUUCUCAACCUCACUUACCUAGUUAAAUAAAGGUUAAAUAAAAUAAAAUAAUAAUUCAGCCUCCUGGCAGAGGCAACCAGGUUUUGGGCUAAAAUGUCCUAGUAAUGGGUAAAGUUCAUGAUGCCAUUGACCCCAGGACCAGUGGAAGCAAAAUAGCCCCAUAACAUCAAAGAUCCACCACCAUAUUUGACAUUAGGUAUGGGGUUCUUUUCUGCUUAUGCUUCCUUAUUUCAAUGCCAAACCCACUAUGCACAUGCACAAACCUGAACACCACAAACCUGAACACCACAAACCUGAACACCAUGGUCUCAAGCUAACAAGAACUCAAAACGACAUACUUUUUGUGACCAACUUUUUAUUUAGUUUUGUCAUUAGAAAAAAAUGAGAGGGGUUACAGGUACAAAACAACUAUCGAAGAAAUGCAUACAAAGAUAACCCAAACCCACCCCCCCCCUCAGUCCCCAUCCACCUGCCCACAUCCUCCCUCACCAUCCGGAAACCAUGCCUCCUAACAAGAACUCAAAAUGACAUGCUUUUGUGAACCAUAUUACAGUAAUAUGUAACACACUACACCUCCUCCUCACUGCAUGCUGUAUGUUUCCCCUUCAUCCUUUAGUUCAAGACUAUAACCAAGGGAAAGAAGACCAACAUCAUAGACUCUAUGCUGCGUAUGUUGGAGCAGUACUCCACUAACCUUGAGGACCUGAUCAGGGAGAGGACAGAGGAGCUGGAGGUGGAGAGGAAGAAGACUGAUAACCUGCUGGCCCAGAUGUUGCCCAGGUCAGUCCCCCUCCUCUCCUGUCACUUCACAUUAAAAGCUGCCUAUUUGCAACAUCAAAAAGAAGAAAAUGUCACUGUUUGAGAUAAUAUAUUUACUUGUAUUACUAUGCAAAGCCAAAAAAGAAAAAAGAAAAGUGUUUUAUUCCAUUGGCCGCUUGUCAUUUAUUCUCUACCUAAACUCCUGUAGCUCAGUUGGUAGAGCAUGGCGCUUGCAACGCCAGGGUUGUGGGUUCGUUUCACACGGGGGGCCAGUAUGAAAAUGUAUGCACUCACUAACUGUAAGUCGCUCUGGAUAAGAGUGUCUGCUAAAUGACUAAAAUGUAAAUGUAACCUCCAUCCUUCUAUCCACAUCUGCAUCCCUUUAUCCACUCCUUUGUAUUGUCUAACCCAAUAGGUCUGUGUGCCUGGCCCUGAAGACGGGCAAGCCUGUGAGACCAGAGCACUUCUCUGAGGUCACUCUGUACUUCAGUGACAUUGUGGGCUUCACCACCAUCUCUGCACUCAGCGAGCCCAUUGAGGUGGUAGAUUUACUCAAUGAUCUCUACACACUCUUUGAUGCCAUCAUCGGGCAGCAUGAUGUCUACAAGGUGAAAAUCCUGUCCUGCGGCAAGAGAGUUGUGUCCUAUAUAAGUGAUGCAAUGGAAGCUUGUUAUAGGUUCAAUACAAAUCCUGGAAGUAAAUGGGUGCAUUUCUUAGUGCGCAUGUGUUUGUGUCACUGACUCCUUCCUUUGUGAUUUUGACAAAUUUCCCAAUUGGGACAAUAAAGAUAUUUUAUUUAUUUUAUUUAACCUUUAUUUUAUCAGGGAGUCAUACUGAGACCAAGGUCUCUUUUACAGAUGAGCCCUGAUUUACAUAAAUUACAGAAAAUACACACAUCAAAAUAUGAGUACAAAAUGCAAGCAGAAAGAAAAACAAGGUAAAAAAAAACAACAACAUUAAUCAGUAAUAAGGUCCUCAAUCAGUUUUCUGAAUUGGCCUAGAGGGACCAGAACAUCAAAUGUAAGAACAUUUUAAAGAUUGUUCCACAAAUAAGGUGAAAGAAAACAACUAAAAGCUGAUUUACCCAACUCAGUAGAGACCAAAGGACUUUUAGUAAAAGGGCUUUAGAAAUGAAAAGCUAACAAUGCAUCAACCUACGUGACAUCAAAGAGGGACAACUAACUUUCAGGUAGCGAAUGCAGUGAUGAGUACUAAAAUUGUCGCCCGUAAUAAAGCCCAGUGCGCUAUGAUAAACUGCAUCUAAUGGCUUUAAUGAAGUGGCAGCUGCGUUCAUAUAGAUGAUGUCGCCACAGUCUAGGACCGAUAGGAACGUCGACUGAAUAAUCUGCUUUCUACUAUUUAGCGAGAGUCAGGACCUAUUUCGAUUAUUAUUAUUAUUAUUAUUAUAUUAUUAUUAUUAUUAUUAUUAUUAUUAUUAUAUUGAUAUAUAAUAUUGAUUGAUUGUGUGUACUUCAGGUUGAGACCAUCGGAGAUGCCUACAUGGUAGCCUCUGGAGUUCCAAACCGGAACGGUAGACGCCACGCAGCUGAGAUGUCCAAUAUGUCCCUGGACAUCCUCCACUGUAUUGGAACAUUCAAGAUGAGGCACAUGCCUGACGUCAAGGUUAAGAUUCGUAUCGGCCUGCACUCUGGUGGGUGACCCAUCAUAUUGUUAUCCUCUGCCUCAGUGUUCAUAAUGUAGACAGAUUGACAGUCCUUUUCGCUUUAAAGCCACAAUUCCUCAUUUGUUUUUCAGCCAAACGGUAACCCCACCACUUAGUUUGCUAAAAGGCUGGGGGAUAAUAUAAUAAUAAUAAUACAUGCCAUUUCGUGCAUACCUGGGGCUGAAGAAAUGUUACUCUCAAAUUCAUAGAUGGAGCUAUGGAUGAAAUGACUGGCAGUCCAUGAGGUCAACUGCUAUAGAUUGCAGUUCAUGCAUGUGCAACAAAGUCAACAGAUUAAUUGUAAAAUUCAAUACAUAAGAAAACUACACUUUUGCUACAUUACAUUGAAAAAAAUGGAGAAUUAGUACAUUAAUUAAUUACUAGUAUUGGAAUUCUCUGGAACAUGGCGUUAACGUCAGAGCAUUGGUCAAAAGUGUAUUUUUACCUGAUCCCAUCAUCCACUUAGCCCUGUAAUCCUAUAGUCUCUAACUGCCUUUUUGUUACUCUACCCUACCAAUUAAUAUGGAAGGUUUUACUCAUUUCUAGUAACACAGAGGUGACUACUGUUAGGUAUGAAAAAGGACAGCUCAGAAAUAACACAAUUGACAUAAAAUAAAAAUAUAUCUUCUAAAGAUUGAAAGGAUAUUCUGCAAUGAAACUGAUCAAAUUAACUUAAUUUGCUAUUUCUUUGCUCCAGAGACUUUUGUGAGACAUAUUGUAGGUUAUUUGAUUAAGUCAUGAAUCAUAAGUCAUAAAUCAGGAAUUAUGUUGCUUCUGAUCUUAUCAGCAUAUGUAUCAUUUGCGUGUGUGUCUUUGUCCAUCAGGCCCUGUGGUGGCAGGUGUGGUGGGUCUGACGAUGCCUCGGUACUGUCUGUUCGGAGACACUGUCAACACGGCCUCUCGAAUGGAGUCCACAGGGUUGUGUGAGUACAUCACAUUCGUUCUUUUGGCCAGAAACCACUGAAAUCACGCUGUGUGAGGCCACUAAGGAUAGGGACAGGUGUAUGGCAGUUUGUGUGCAUGCAACACUAAGGAGGUUUAUUAUAAGCAGUCCUGACUAAUCCUUUAAGACUAUCAGUGGAAUUAGUGGGCAAGUUCAGGGUUUAAAGGCCCAGUGCAGUGAAAAACUAGAUUUUUCCUGUGUUUUAUAUAUACUUCCUCACCAUGAAGUUGGAAUAAUACUGUGAAAUUGUGAAAAUUAUGAUAAUUCCCUUUUAGUGUUUGAAAAGACUGCCUGAAAUUUCAGCCUGUUUUGGUGGGAUGGAGUUUUGGCCUGCUUGGUGACAUCACAAGGCGGUAAAUUGGUUAAUAGACCAAUGAGAUUGAGCGUUCCAAACCUCUCUGCCAAUAACAUAUAGUUUUCAGUUUUUCCCUCCCCACAUGGACCACUCCCACAGUCCUAGCAAAAUUCUUGCUUGAGAAAGUACUCUUUGCUAAGAAGCUAUUUUUGUUUCUUUUGGACAAUUUUAAUUGAAAACAAUCACAGUAAGGUAUUUAAUUGUUACCCAGAAAUAUUUUAUAAUGAGAUAAAGGCGGCUGCAUUGGACCUUUAAUGGAUAUGUCCUCCAAGAACAGGCUUGCCUCAGAUGCCCUAUCACCACAAUUCUGCUGGUACAGCAAUGUAAACUUCAUAAUGUGUUAUUUGUAUGUGUUAUAAAUUAGUGUAACUAUUAUAAAAACCCUUGAGGUGAUGAUAUGGGUAGUUAAACAACCUCCUAAUCUUCUCAUUUUUCAAAACAAUAUAUGCUUAUUUAACUGCUGAUGCUAGCAACAUAUAUCUAGGGUAUUUCUAGAGGUGAAGGGCAACCAGUAUAGUAGCUAUAGUAAGUAAUUACUAUAGUCAGUGACAAAAGAGAACAGUAAAUCUCACAUCUACUCCCACCAAGUGGCCAUACAUAUGAAUUGCUGCACAAAGAGUAUAUGGACUCUAUCAAAAAUUAUCUUGUGAGGAUAUGGGCUCACACACAAUAAAUUACCUUGUGUUGCUUUACACUAAAUCAGUAUAUGAUCAACCAUAUAAAUAAAAUAUAUGUAGGAUAUGUAAGUGCUGCAUGAGUUCACAAAUGUUGAUACUCUUUAGACAUAAAUAACUCAUGGUAAUUGUUUACAUUGAAUUCAUUCUGUGUUUGAAUAUUUGAAGACUAAUGUUGCCUUUGUGGUUGCUGUUGUUGUUUAUUAUCCCAGCUUACAGAAUCCAUGUCAACCAAAGCACAGUCGAUAUCCUGCAUGAACUGAAAAUGGGCUACAAAGUAGACACCAGGGGCAUGACAGAGCUGAAGGUAAAUACAAACGCACACACACAUGCACAUGCAUACAUACACACGCACGCACACACACACACACACACACACACACACACACACACACACACACACACACACACACACACACACACACACACACACACACACACACACACACACAGAAAGAGACAGAAGACCCAAAUAGUUAAUUAAUCUAACUCACCACUCAUUCUGUUAUUCCCUAUUUCUCUUUCAGGGGAAGGGAGUUGAAAACACAUACUGGUUGGCUGGGAGAGCUGGGUUUGACAAGGUUCUGCCCAUACCGCCUGACCUUACUCCAGGGUAAGAUUUAACAUGCCUUCCUGCUCUAUUUACAUUGUACUUUAUGUUUGCCCUAACUAUACUGUCAUUGACUCUCAGUCCUGCUGGGUCCUUCUGCCAGCCCCCUUGUCAGUAGUACUGAUGCAACCCGGUUUGCGUCAAAACAGUUGAUCUUCAUCUAGCUAGGUCACUGUGGAUAUAGAGGAUAAGAUGUCAGAAAAUAAUUUAGGAAAAACUGAUAAUGUGCUGACCCAUUUGUCAGAUUGCGUGGCUGGAACUAACAGUUUUCUAAAUCAUAAUUGCUCAUUCUAUUUCUAUGUGCUGCUGACAUGACCCUUGUGUCGUGGUUCAGUUCACAUGCUGACCCAAAUGUACAAUUCCUCAUCAACCAUCUGCCUAUUUAACUCAUGUUUAAUGAAUCCAUACCUCCCACUGCACUACAUGAUGUGUGAUGAACGCUCUGCCUGGCAGGCAGCAAACAUGGCUGUAAUGUUUUAACACAUUACCCUGGUGGUUGCCUCAUUUAGCCCUGUCCACAUUAUAUAACUGUGUUAAGAGUUCAAAUUGAGACACGGUUGUCAACAGCGGUUGCUGAAAACAGUUGUCAGUGUGCACAGGGCUUUUGUUGCUUCAUAUGCUGGGAUAUUCUGAGGGCUCAGUGUGCACUGCCGAUCGGAUAAGACACUAAGCCUUCUUUCUUUGCCUUUCCUCAGGGCAAGUAACCAUGGCAUCAGUUUGGAAGAGAUUCCUCCAGAUAGAAAACAGAAAUUCCUUGACCGGCAGGCGAGGAAUAGGUAGCCUGUAAGGUACGCCUGGUUUACCUAUCAAAUUCUAGAUUUACAAUUACUUUAUUUCCCCAAAUGGUUUGUAAUGUGAGUGAUAUCAAUUCAGGUACAUACAAAUCCAUUGUGCUGCAUUUACGAUAUCCUUUGAGCGAUAAUAUAUUACUUUUUUUUCCACAGAUAGUGUUGCCUAGUCCUCCACCUACCUGUUGGAGUGAAAGACCAGAGAGGUGAAUAGAGCAGGUUGGUUGAGAGGAGAGGAUGGGUUAGGGGUGCAUCUGACAGACAAUCUGUCGCAUCCCCCCAUGUGUCCUGUCAAGAGUGCUGAUCCACAUUGCACAAAUAAGCCAAAGUCGGAGAGACACUGUCUGUCUUCAACACAUUACAUUUGUUGCACAGAGCAAAGAUACGUUUAAAUAAGAGUUUAUUAAAUGUACUGUAGAGCAUAUGUGGGAAACAGGAGGGAUAAAGGGGUAUUAAAAUCAUGUACAAAAAUACACUACAAAAGUAU